GAUUUCCUCCGCUUCAUCUCCUUUUGCUCUCUAACUAUAUUUACCAUUUUCUCUCUUUAUUUUCUUACGAGGGAAGAGCUUUGUUUUUUUGCUACUUGCUUUCCCCUCCUUGGCUCCUCUUUUUGUCUUUCUUUUUAUUAUUGUUAACUAAUUAUUAAUAGUAUUUUUCUCCUAGCCUUUUACAAAAAUUAUCCUAAAAAGUGAAAAACAAAAAAAAAACAUAAUUAUUAUGUGAUCCUCCCAACACGAACGCGAGCUUCCCAUUUUCGCAGCAAAGACAUUUUUUCUUCAAACAAGAAGGGAAAGCUCAGAUUUGGAAGAAGGGGAAAUUACAGCAUUCAUUGUAUUGUUUUUGGAGGGAGGUGAAACUGUGAAGGGGCCCCUCCCGUGUCUCUAGAAAGCACCGAAAGGGGGCUAAUCAUCAAUUUUAUUAAUUAUACAGAGACCCUCCAAUUCUGCUCAUAUUUCCUUCUUUCCUCGUAUAUUCCAUUUUCAAAGCCCGUUUCUGGAGAGCUUCGUCGAUCUAAGGUCCAAAGUUCAAACCUUUUUGAAUCUACGAUCGGAUUUGAAAUUGAUUCGUUCUGGAAUUUGUCAACGUCCUGAGUUUUUAUGGUUGUCGAGAGAGAUCUCGUGCGAUUAUUGAUUGGGGUUUAUUUGUUGUGAGCAAUUAUAGGGUCAACUGGAAGAUGUCGCUUUUGCCCAGAAGCGAUUCUGUCCAGAUCCGAGAUGUGUGGGAUUAUAAUCUGGAAGAAGAGUUUACCCUAAUCCGAGGAAUUGUGGAUGAUUAUCCGUAUAUCGCAAUGGACACAGAGUUUCCGGGCAUUGUUAUUCGACCUGUAGGCAAUUUCAAGAACAGCAACGACUACCAUUACCAGACUCUUAAAAACAACGUUGACAUGUUGAAGUUGAUACAGCUUGGCCUCACAUUCUCUGACGAGAAGGGUAACCUUCCAACCUCAGGGACUGAAGAUAAGUACUGCAUCUGGCAAUUCAACUUCCGGGAGUUCAAUCCCAACGAAGAUGUCUUUGCCAGCGAUUCAAUCGAGCUGCUUCGCCAGAGCGGGAUUGAUUUCCAGAAGAACGCAGAGAAUGGCAUUGAUGCAAGAAGAUUCGGGGAGCUUCUCAUGUCUUCUGGAAUUGUGCUUAAUGACAGUGUUUACUGGGUAACUUUCCACAGUGGGUAUGAUUUUGGGUAUCUUCUCAAGAUAUUGACAUGCCAGCCAUUGCCAGAUACACAGUCAGGCUUCUUUGCCCUGAUCAACAUGUAUUUCCCAGUUGUGUUUGAUAUCAAACACCUGAUGAAGUUCUGCAAUAGCCUCCAUGGUGGGCUGAACAAGCUCGCGGAGCUAUUAGAAGUGGAGCGAGUUGGUGUGUGCCAUCAAGCUGGUUCCGAUAGUUUGCUUACAGCUUGCACUUUCAGGAAGUUGAAAGAGAACUUCUUUAGUGGGUCAAUGGAGAAGUAUGCUGGUGUCUUGUAUGGUUUAGGAGUUGAAAAUGGAGAAUAGACAUUGUUGAAAAUGAGAACAGUGUAGGUGAUUGUGAAGUACUUGUGUUCUUGAAGAAGAUAACUUUGUAUAAUUAUUAUACACUUGAGUUAAAAUGUGUGUCGUAAUGUUUAUUUAUGAAGUCUCCUUUGUGCAUUA